AUGUUCGACAAAAUGACGGGCAAUGGAAACGGUAACAAAAUGAACAUGCGGAUACACAUAUUGGAGCAAAUACUUUCCUCAAUCGAAACUGAUGGCAGUUCAGCCCGUGUCAACUCUUUGCGUCAGGUGAUCAGACGGAAUAAGGCGGACAUGGCAGACGAUGCCGGAAAAUCACUAGACUUAAUGCGACGGAUAUUCCAAAAUGAGAUCACCAAGGAGUUACAGCAGAUUAUGGAUCGCCACAUUCGUACGACAUUCUCGCCUGCAAUCGAAAACCUGAAAAAGAACGGACAUGUUGUGGAUCAGGAAGUUAUCAACGACCUCUACACCAGUAUUUUGGAUGCAGCCAGAGUUUCUUUCAUGAGGGAUCGUGCGUCAACAAUGAAUCGCGAUCGGCUGAAUUCAGAAAGAAGCGUGAAGAGAGGAUACGAAUCGGACGAGUCUGACGUCAGCAUACUGAGUCAGUCAAGUGAAAUCAAACGGAGACGCGGAAGACCACGAAAGGACGAGGAACCUUCGUUGGAUCUCUCGCCGCUUACACUGCAUGAAGUGCUCAAAUGGUGUCCAGAUCGUCAUCUUCUCAGCACUCGCUACAUCCCAGCCGCCAAAGUCGCCGCUCUACUUUCCAUACCUGUCACUGUAUUCUUCAACAAGUAUCCAAGAAUGUUUCGGUACUCCUGUGAUGAGGAGGACCGUGGCCUGUUGAUGGAAGAAAAGAAGCUGUCAAGGAGUGCCGGCCGCUGUUACCUCAUGGUCAUGGAUGAUGUCACCGAGUUACUCGGUCGAUCGUGA